AUGACCGCCCACCUGGACGAUCCCCCCAACCUGGGAGUACUGUUCUUGUGCAAGAACAAUGUCCAGAUGAUUGUGGUCGUCUUCGCCCUUGUGGCCGUCGCCUGCGCUGUUCCAGUAGAUGAUAUUAACAAAGUAGAACCCGAAGCUAGACUGUUAUUAGUUAAAGAACCAGAAAAGAUUAUUAGCUCAGAAUUCAACCAUGAUUCCGAGGGUGGAUACAACUUCAGCUUCGAGACCGAGAAAGGCAUCAACCGCAACGAAAAUGGUGAAGUGAAGGAGGUCCUUGAUGAAGACCAAAAGCCCCACAUGGUCGUCGUUGUCCGCGGUUCCUACUCUUACACUGAUGACGACGGCAAAGUUGAGACCAUCAACUACAGCGCUGAUGAGAAAGGCUUCCAUGCUGAUGGCGACUCAAUACCCACGAACGCCCCAUCCAGGAGAUAA